AUGCCCCAGGGAAGCGUGCACUGGCAGGGAACCCAGAGGAGGGCCUGCGGCCCUGGAGCGCACUGGAACGUGCAGGUGGUGAGGAGCAAGGUGACGACGCGCUGUCUCUGGCACGCCUGCAAAGCCCUCGGGAUAGGCCUUUCCCUGAUGCUCCUGGGAGCCUGCAUGGCCACCAUAGGAUACUACGCGGACCAGCUCUCGGUGGCCCAGGAAAUCCGAGGAAACCUCACCGUCAAGGUGAAGAACGAGACCCGAGGGUUCCACCUGAACAACCUGAGCUACGCGGGGCCCAUCGUCAUGGGUUUCGGAGGAUUCAUCGUGGUGGCAGCUUGUGUUAUGACAUUCGAGGCAAGAGACAGCGCAGCCAAGGUAGUGCCUGCUCGAUUCCGACACAACCAGAGCACGACCCUGAAGAGCACCUCGAAGAGUCAACGAAGUCGUCGCUCCACGUCGAGCCAAACCACGAGGUGGGACCAUCAGUUAGGUCUCUUCCGGGUAAACCGAAGUCCUAGUCCCGGCCGUGAAGUCGCAAGGAAACAGCUGACCGCAGAGUUCGUGAGGUUCUCCAGGAGCCUGCACGACCGCACCGGAAGCUGCGCCCUGAAGAAGAGCCCCAGCGCGCCGAGUCUGGUCGAAAAGCGUUCCCCGAGGUCCAGGCCCCCCAAGUACGCAGGAUGUGCCCUGUUAAAUCCGGAACUCCUCCAGAGACAUGCCCUCUCGGUCGACAAUCCAGGAUACAACCCUCAGGCGAGCAGUCGGGAGAGUCUGGAGAGGCGGAAGAUGAGCGGAAGCCAGGCGUCCAUGGCGAUGGACCUUCACAUCCCUAACCGAGGUCCUGUGACCCUGAGAGUAAAGGACCGUUCAGACACCGCGAGGAGGCACCAGCUGUCCAGGCAGGCGAAGAUCGAGGACGAGGAGACGGAGCCUCGACGAGGAAGCCACAGCUGUUCGCCGAAGCUCCCAGGAUACAGCAGAUAUCCUGACGACUUCCUCCCGAGGAAGCGGAACUCCGUGGACCUGAAGCUCCUGGAGGAGCUGGACGCCCGGAGGGUGGGUCGGGACUUCAGGAAGGUCUCCUCCCCGAACUUCCGGAAGAUGUCCUUGGACAGGAUCGGUGGAGAACGAAGGCUGGACCAGCGGACCCCGGUGCCCAGGAAGGCGAGCCUGGAGUCUCGGAAGAGCCCCGACUUCCGGAGGACCGACUACAGGAAGUACUCGAUAGAGAGGUUCACCGCCGACUGCGCGAAGUACCUCGUCGACGUCGAGGUCAGGUCCAGGGCGAACAGCGGGGAGAGCAGGAGGUCCAGGCACCCGAAGCUGCACCACUCGAGGUCCGACGACACCAGGAGGAGGUCCUUCGACCGGCACCGGAGGGACUCCCAGUCCAGCAGGUUCUCCUUGAACACCCAGGCCGUCCUGGAGGGAUGCGGACCGGAAUAUGAAUUAAAGUAUUUCGCCACGGCGUCUCUGGACACCGAGGAGAGCAGGGCCGAGAAUUCGGACGACAGCCACGUGGUGGAGGUCGAGGACGUCGCGGGUCACUCCUCGGAAGGCCCUGCAGAGAACGACGCCCUCCUGGAGGAGCCAGAGCUGGAGAACCUGACGGAGGUCGAGGUAGAGACGACCGAAGCGAACUUGGAGAGACCCGAGAGUGAAACCGCGAGUCCUGGAGCUUCCUCUGGAGCGGAAGAAGUAGAGGCCCCCUGGGACCAGGAUCUUCCAGACCCUGAAGAAAACCCGGAAAAUCCCCGAGAUAACGUGACCUCCAAAAAAUCCUCCGGUGCCGACGAAGAACGUCCCGAGACUAUCCUGGAAUAA